AUGUCCGACUACGACGACGAUGACAUGAACUUUGGCGGGGAACACGAAGAGCAGGAGGAGGAGCAGGUCUCCCGCAAGGGCAAAGAAAGGGUGCGAGAUGAUGAAGAAGAGGAAGAGGAGCAGCCGGAGGAGUACGACGAGGAAGAGGACGAAGAAGAGGAUGACGACGAGGAUGAAGAAGAGGAAGAGGAAGUAGGGAGAAAGGGCAAAAAACGACAAAAGCUAAGGCCUGCCCAGCGACAUAAGCGCAACCCACUCAGCCGCUUCCUCGAUGUUGAAGCCGAAGUCAGUGACGAGGAAGAAGAAGAGGACGAGGACGACGAGGGAGCAGAAGCCUUCAUUGACACGUUUGACGACGAUGAGGUCAACGACGACCUUUCAAGGCGGCACCAUGCUUUAUUAGACAAUAGGCGCCAAUUCGACGAAGAGGAUAAGAGUCCGGAGCAAAUCGCGAAGGCUUUCCAGGACCGUUAUCGAGGUCGACCUGCGCCGAGAUACACUGGAGACCUGAAUGAAGUACCUCAGCGGCUGCUGAUGCCCUCAGUUCACGAUGCCAGUUUAUGGCAGGUUCGAGUCAAGGCCGGCAGAGAACGAGAUAUCAUCUUCAGUUUGAUGCGCAAGUCGAUUGACAUGGAAUACACAGCACAUCCCUUGAGCAUCCUAUCCGCAUUCCAACGCGACUCACUACCUGGAAUGAUCUACGUCGAAGCACGCAGCGCAAAGAUGGUGCAACAGGCUUGCAAUGGUCUUGUCGGCGUUUACCUCAGUCGAGGCAUUCAUCUCGUCCCUAUCGAAGAAAUGGCCAGCUUGUUAACCAUCAAGAAACAAGACCUGACAGUCCAACCUGGCACUUGGGUGCGAAUUCGACGUGGAAAGUACCAAGGCGAUCUGGCCCAAGUUAUGGAUAUCACCGAGAACGGCGAAGAUGUUGGUCUGCGAUUCAUCCCCCGUGUCGACCUCAGCCCCAGGGACGAGAAUGCAGCGGUCGACGCGUCCAAGAAACGGAAGAAGUCGGCCGUCACUGGAGGCGCUACUCGCCCUCCUCAGAAGCUUUUCAACUACGAGGAGGUUGUCAAGGUCUGGGGAAGGAAGAAUGUGCACAAACGAGGCAAUACCUACAUAUUCCAAAACGAUACCUACCGCGACGGCUUCAUCGAGAAGGACUUCAAGCUAAGCGCGCUGAUACUCGAGGAUGUUAAUCCGACGCUGGACGAGAUCACCCAAUUCAUGCGACGUCCUGAGGGCGCUGACGCUGACAGCGUCGUUGAUCUGUCCGUCAUUGCAGAAGCUUCGAAGAAGGCCGCCAUCGCAGUUCUCCAGCCUGGUGACCACGUCGAGGUGUUCGAGGGAGAGCAAGCUGGUGUGCAUGGUAUCGUUGACGAAAUUCAUAAUGAAAUCGUCACGUUGACCGUGGUGGGUGCCGACAUCGAGGGCCAGAAGGUUGAGAUUCCGGCGCGCAGUGUACGCAAGAGGUUCAAGCCUGGUGACCACGUCAAGGUCAUGCAAGGCCAGAAUGUGGACGAGACUGGUCUGGUGGUCUCUGUUGCGGACAACGUCGUCACCUUCUUGUCGGACAUGUCCAUGCAGGAGGUUUCAGUCUUUUCGAAAGAUCUUCGAGAGGCAGCUGAAGUUGGUGCCGGCACUAAUACUGUUGGAAACUAUGAAUUACACGACUUGGUGCAGCUCGACGCCCAGACGGUUGGUGUAAUCUACAAGACGGAGCGAGACUCCUUCCGCGUCCUCGAUCAAAAUGGUCAAACUCGACUUGUGCAGCCGCACCAGAUUUCCAUGAGGCGAGACACUCGUCGAGCAAUCGCGUCUGACCAUCACGGCCACGAAUUGCGCGUGAAUGACAACGUGAAAGAAGUCGAUGGAGAGCAACGCAAAGGUCGCGUCUUGCACACCCACCAAUCCUUCUUCGCUUUCCUUCACAACCGAGAUAUCUCUGAGAACGGCGGUGUAUUUGUUACUCGCGCUCGUUCCCUUGUUUCCCUGGCCCCGAAGGGUAACAGCAUGCUCAAGAACAACCUCGACCUUUCCAAGAUGAAUCCCAAUAUUGCUCAGCCCAUUGGUGGAAUGGUGGGAUCUGGCGCCAUGGGCCGUGGCCCACGGGACCGCCAUAUUGGUCUCACCGUCAUGGUCGUCAAAGGACCUCACAAGGGUUACGCUGGCACGAUCAAGGAUACUAACGGGAAUAUUGCGCGUGUAGAGCUGCGUACCGGAAAUAAAGUCAUCACCGUCGACAAGGACAAGCUCAGGAAGAUGGGUCCUGACAAGAAGCUCUAUCAACUCAAUGACCAUGCCCCGGCUGGAGCGAACAACAGCAGUUGGGGCGCACCUCCUGCCUGGACAGGCUCUGGGGCCGCGGCAAGUGGCGGCCGUACACCAUUCGGUGGAUCGUCCAAAACACCAAAUCCCUAUGCUGUUGGUGACGGCCGAACACCUGCAUGGUCUGCUUCGUCACGGACGCCAAACCCGUACGCAGAAGGCCACAAGACUCCCGCUUGGAAUGCGUCUUCGAGAACUCCCAAUCCAUACGCAGACGGAGGACGAACGCCUGCAUGGAAUGUCAGUUCACGGACGCCGAACCCCUAUGCGACAGGUGCGAAUGCAGGCAGUGCAACCCCUGGACGACCAUCCUUUGGAGGCGCUACUCCAGGGAGGCCAGCGUUUGGCGGAGCAACCCCCGCAAGGCCGAGUUGGGGAGAUUCCAGUUGGGGUAGCGGCAAUGACGGUUUCUCCUCGCCCCGUCCAGCCCAUUCUUGGAGUGACUGGAGCGCACCAACGCCUGCAGCAGCCCCUACCCCGGGUCUCCACACCGCACAAACCCCAGCAUUUGGGGCACCAACACCUGCAGCUGCUACCCCUGCUGGUGUUUUCAAUUCCGCUGCUUCCUCAGCAACUCCUGCUGCCUCUGGAGGUUACGCGCUGAAUGAUCACAACCCUGAUACAUUGGACUCGGAGUGGCUCUUCGAUCCAGCGGUUGUUCCCCACCAUGCCCGCAUUAAAAUCCAGCUCACGGGUACCCAAUCGGCGCAAUACCUGGGAGGAGAGUACGAAGGACGACGAGGUCGCGUUAUCGCAGGUACCAAAGCCCCAUCAGGCUACGAACAAACAGCCACAGUGCUCUUCGAGUCUGGUGAACAGCGUAGUGUGGUGGCUCGUUUCAUCUCUCCCGUUCCUCCUAGCCAAAAUGACGAGGAAGUGUUGAUCGCUGGUGGUAGGCACAAGGGACAGUUGAUGAUCGUGAGGGAGGAUCCUCAUGACGAGACUGUUACUGUUUCGUCGAGGAGUAACCCUGCUGCUGUUGUUGCUGUACCGAAGGAGCUGCUUAUUGCCUUGUACGAUGAGAAUUAGAUUUCCCGCUUUCACUUAUCGUGAUGUUAUUAGUGUAGUUUGUUGUAAUAUCAUUUGUCCUUC